AUACUUUAAUUUAAAAAAAUAGUUCUAAAAAAGAUUACAAUUUGCUGAAGGGUCAGGUGGUGGUUCACAUUUUAGCAAUAAAGCAUUUUUAACUAAGGUCUGCAUAUUUUUUAAACAUAAUGCACACUUAAUAGACAAUGAUAUAGUAUAAAUACAUUUACAUGUACUGGGGAGCCAAAAAGUUCAUGUGACCUGCUUUAUUGCAAUAUUUGCUUUGUUGCACUGAUCUGAAACUGAACUCGCCAUACCCCCAGCUAGGCCUGUGACUUAAGGUGUGGCUCUGGGCAAAGAGGAGGAAAUGUGAUUGCCAGGAGGUGCUAGAAAAGCCAAGGGACUCAAGCUAAAGAAAGUGCAGAAAUAAAGCUAGAGCCAGUGUGAACUGCAGCCUGAUUUCUCCAAGCUCUUCAUCUGGCCUCAAGUUCAUAUCCCCUUAGAAAUGACCUGGUAAACAGAGAGUGAAGUUGAGCUGUGGCCAAAGCUCAUGACAGGAAAGAUGAAGAACAUGUUCACAGAGCUCAGUGUCCCCUUACCCUGCAACCUAGGGCUGAUUGGGAAGUGACUUUGAGCCUGAAGCCCUAUGAUGGGCUAGGAAAAGCUUCUGAGUUCCAUCUUUCCAAAAACAAAGGGCUGCUGGGUAAGGACUGGAGGACAGGGAUGAGGUGGGGAAGGGCAGGCAGUCCUGGUAGAACGUGUGCAAAGCUGGAGAGGGAGAGAGCCUCACUCAGGGCAGUUGUGGGGGUUUGAGCAGAGUUGGAAGUAGGCACAGCACAUGAUAAGUUUGGCGAGGUCACCCUCAUGUCAGGGCUCAGAUCAGGAAUGGCCAUAGAAGCCACAUGAAAUACUUUCGCCUUUAUCUUGAGAUCAACAGGGGGACAGAUUUAAGCAGGGGAAAUACUCACAUCUCUACCAAGGUGCUCUCCUCAAACCCUCCCACCCUGGACUGAAAGUAACAAUUUAUCAUCUGAACUCUGGGACAGGUCACGGUUGAGCUGAAGGGUACUUUAUGUACAGAGGGCUCCAGGACACAAAGAAGCUGACAUCCUAUCUCCUCUAGGGUUAUUAAGAAAUGUCACAAACAAGUGGCAAAAAAAUGUUGUGAUGGCAUUUUGUUUCCACAGAAAGAGCAAACAUCCAUAAAAGAAUCCUGCCACAGAGGUGUGCUAGCAGGAAGCAGCUGGGCGAAUGGGGCCAACCGGGAGGAAGGAGCUGAUAGGGCAGAUGCUGCCAAAGCAGGAAGUCUCUUUCAGACAGGUGGCCUCUCUGCCCAACACUGUUUUCAGGACAGUAGAUAGCAUUGCCAUAUUUAUAAAGGAGGAAGCCAAGGCCUAGCGAUGUGCUCCCUGAAACACAUAAUCAGUUAAGUAACAAACCCAGGGCUGUCUGAUCCCCAGGUCCAUCCUCCUUCCUUGCAUUACAUGCUUUUUGCUACCUUACUCUUUCAAAACCAAGACCACAUGCACUUCCCCUGCUCCUCAGCCCUUAUGUUUGUAUCUUCUGGUGAGACUUGUUUACAACAGGAGGUGAUGUGUUGCAGUGGCUGAGAAAGGGAUCCCAGUAGCCUCAGAAUUACAGACAUCAAGCUUAGCCUCAUCAAGGAGAAAAGAGCUUUCCUUCUCCCCAGUUCCCAAAGGCCCAUCCCAGUAAGAACUCUGAUUGGCCUUGCUUGGGUCACAUGCUUUCUCCUGAACCAAUCAAAGGCAUCACAGUGCUCUGAUUGGCCAGAGCCUUUUGACAGCUGUGCUAUUCCAGGAAGGACAGUCUCCCAUUCAAAACCAUAGGUAGGUGUGUUUAACCCUGACUUGGAGGGUCAGGGAAAAUUUCUACACUGAGACCUGAAGGAUGAGUAGAAAUGUUCCAGGCAAACAGAGGAAUAGUGUUCCAAUAGAGGGACUAGCAAUACUGAAGGCCCAGAGACACUCCAGGGCACACCUUGCUGACAUCAUAUCCCCCAUUCCCAGUGCAUGGCCAGACUGCCUUCUAACUGGUACCCAGAGAACACUUCAGGAAUAAAAUCCACAACAGGCUGUGUGGCCUUAGACAAGUCACUUGCUCUCUCUGAACUUUAGCUUCAUUCUCUACCUGGUGGUUUCAUCUUCCUAACCUUCCAGGACUAUGUAGGAAUCCAGUUCAUUCAGUCUUCAAACAUACAUCAAGCAUUUCCUCAGUGCUCAGAGUUGCGCUAGGUCUGCAGAAGCUAAGGCCUGCGUGGAAAACCCAGGCAUGCCUGGGGCUAAUGCACAGGGCUAGACCUGAAGCCAGAAAUCAGAAGUGGUCCAGAGAGAAGGGCAGGACACAUGGAGAGGAUCGUGGACAGCGAAAGUGGACAAUGGGCUCUCUGGUCAGGUCAGAAUGGGGGCAGUUAUCAGUAAUUCAUGCCUUCCCACUUCCUAACCCUCACCCCCAUCUCCUACUUCCCCCCCCACCUACCUUGUGACCAAAUACUGGCCUAGGGCCACCAGAUUUGUGCCUGGGCCAGUGGAACCAGCAGGCAGGGCAGCAGGAUGUCUCUUCCUGUUCCUUUGCCUCACAUUUUCGUAACCUGAAUAACAGGUUGAGGUAAUCCCAGAAACAAGGAGGAAGGAAACUGUUUGAGGUUUGGGUGUCUACAGAGAGAAGUCCUGCCCCACCCUGCGUACCUGUCCCAGGUGCCUUUCUCCCUCCUGCCCACCUUCAGCAGGCCAGUCCGGGGCUCCAGCUCCAGAGCACCUGCUGGCCACCAGGGCUGAUACUGACCCCAGGCUGCUCUUCACCCAGACAGGAUGAGAGUGUCAGGUACGGCCAGGCUCUGAGGAUUCUGAGGCUCAAAACUGAGGUCUGCCUCGCCUCCUGGCCCUCAUCUUUGUCCUGGUCACCACAUGGAUCUUUGUCCGCAGCUAUAUCAGCUUCAACAUGAAAACCAUCCGCCUGCCCCGCUGGAUGGCAGGUUCAGUCCACAAGGAGAAACUUGUGAAGAUCAAGUGUGGCCUCAGCAAAUCCUGCCCAGCCAACUUCUUUGCGUUUAAAAUCGUCAGUGGGGCAGCCAACGUCGUGGGCCCCUCCAUGUGCCUUGAAGACCAUGUGAUCAUGAGUCCCGUGAAAAACAACGUGGGCAGAGGCCUGAACAUCGCCCUGGUGAACGGAACCACAGGAACGAUACUGGGACAGAAAAGUUUCGACAUGUACUCCGGAGAUCCUAGCCUCCUGGUGAAAUUCCUUAAAGAAAUUCCAGCAGGCACGCUGGUGCUGGUGGCCUCCUACGAUGACCCAGGAACCAAGUUGAAUGAUGAAAUCAGGCAGCUCUUCUCGAACCUGGGCAGUGCCUACACAAAGCAGCUGGGCUUCCGGGACAGCUGGGUCUUCUUAGGGGCCAAAGACCUCAAGGGCAAAAGCCCCUUUGAACAGUUCUUAAAGAACAACCCAGACACAAACAAAUACGAGGGCUGGCCAGAGCUGUUGGAGCUGGAGGGCUGUGUGCCCCGGAAGGUAUAUUAGCAGCUGCAGAUCUUCUUGGACCGGGGCCUGAGGAUGCUCCUGCCUGCCUUGGGCGCCAGAGCCCAGGUCACUGCGAGCUAGGCUGGCAGAAGCUGACAGACAGCGGAAGUGGAGAAGGAAGAGGGCAGCAGUGUGCAAAGUGCUGAGGGCCUCAAAUACUUGGCACUCUUCCUGUUGGAAACAAAACCCUCCCUGGGCAGACGUGACCUACCCAGAGGUGGCCAGCCCCAGGGGUCCUGCCGGAGCAGCUGAUGUGGCAAGAACAGGUGUGCUUUCCCUCAGAGACUGCUGACUCUCCCUCCCAAGGCAGAACAGAAUGGACUGCCCACACCUGAGCACAAUUAAAUUUUAUUCUUGCUUAUUUUGAACAAA